AUGAAAGAGUUUAAGAACGAGAAUAGGAAAAAGGGGAUGAUGCACUGGCAGCGGAGUAGUAGUUGGUCCAUGCUGUCGGCACUAUCAUGUGUUACCAGAGGAGAGGUUCGUCCAUAUGAUAUUGAUAUUGCGGCAUUCGGUCCAGGAUUCUACGUACAUAAAUUCGUUGGGCAUUUUUUCCCUCGGUGUUUUCACACCCGGUUCCUAAUCCUUCAACUGUAUCUCCGUGGGGUUGAAUCAACCAAGAUCAGUAAAUCGACACCCUCAGUAGUGACACUCACCGCUCAGGCGGUGAGGCGCGUAACCAGAGAGAGUGCAAUGUUGCACAGCAAAGACAGAACAGUCAGCUCGCAGACUACUUCAGCAGUAUUAGGCAACGAAACCCAUGCUUCAACUUUCCUGUCAUCACAAUCGGUGACGCCCAACGUUGACGUUAUCCAUAAAAGAUGA